UCACUAAAAGCGAACCAUUUUUUCCUAUUAUUGCAGAGAACACGACGAGCGAUGACUGGAACUACACGUUGCCUAACUUGCUGGAAUACCUGGAUGGCUUGCUGGAUAGCGGCAGCGGCCAGGGGCGUCCAAUCCUCCAAGACCCCAGCAAGACCACGGACACCCCAGCUACCACACUAUGGGCAACUGUGGGGAACACCCCUCCUACUACGCCCGCGCCUAUCAACAAACCCAUCUUCCCCCUUAAUUUUACCUUGAGGACGACUAUGGAGUCGCUCUUGAAGACCCCUCCAGCCAAUGUGACGGUAAUGGAGUCUCUAACAGGGACCGUGCUGAAUGCUGAGGCUGGCAUGAGCACAAUGGGAAUGCUGAGUCCCUCAGCUCCUCCAGACCUCUUCCUCAGCAGUAAUGACUCGUUGGUCACCCUCGACGACAGCUUCUGGCUAGGGGUCAACGACUCCAUGAACGGGAGUCGGGUCUUCGGGAACGACACGACCGAAGGGCCUCUGGUUGACACGGUCGGAAUGGUCAUUACUUCCGUCAUCCUUGGCAUCAUGAUCCUCACCACGGUCAUAGGUGAGUCACUUUCAUUCACGUAGGUGAGUACGUCGCUU